ACCAGAAUUUUACCCAAUUACACGGCGGCUCCUAAGAUCUGCGGAAGAGGAAAGGCGCCAAUGAGUUGCAUCGGAGGGGGCGGAGCUAAAAGCCAGCCCCACCCCUCUCUAUGACUACCUCCGGGCUCAGCGUGGUUUAAGGGGAUGGUGUCCCACAGGAUCAAAUUUUAGCGUCACAGCUGGGGACAGGCUUCGCGGUCCUUGAUGGGAGAGCUUGAGCAGGUGGUUCUUCCCUGGACAAGACCUUGGACUGUACAACUCACUGGUCCAGAAGCCCAGAACUAGAGACCUUGGGGCCAGCAGCUUCAGAGAACACAGUGACGAGUAUAGACUGGAAGCGAGGGAGGGACUCAGGGCCUCGGUCGAAUGGGUAUCCCCCCUUGCCCAACUCAGACUCCUUGCAGGAGCACUGUAAUGACCAGGAACUGGUGAAGAAGCGUCAGAGCAUCACUAAGGUCACCCCCACCUGGGAAACCCCUUCCUGCUGCACUGCAAUCUAUUGCUGUGGGGCCCAGGGAGGGGGUUUGGAGGCAGGGUGGUCCUCCUCAAGAACCCUCCCACCAUGUGUCUUCAGCACCCAGAACACCUCCCAGCACUCAGCAGGCCUGCAAUGAAAGUGUAUUAAUGGAUGAGGGAAUGAAUGAAAUGGAUAUGGGAUUGUGUGUCUUACUGGAGUCUAGUCUGUAUUGUCUCUGGGUAUAACUGCCUGUGUGUUUGUGUCUGGUUAUAUACUGGAAACAAGUGUGAGUGAGUGCCCUGGGUCUUAUGACUUAGAGUGCAUGGCUGUGCCCAGGGUUGUGACCAUGUGGCUGUGGUUGUCGUGGAAUUAGGCACGAUUAUGUAUGACUGCUAUCGGUGCUGCCUGCAGACAUUGUCAAUGUCAUUUGCCCCUAAGGAGGAGGGCCAUUUCCUGAUCCCAGGCCAGAGACAGGGCUUUGCAUGUGUGUGCUGUCAGGGGCAGCCCAGAGGCACACACAUGCAGGAUACAAGCCACAUAAAUGCACUUCUGAGCAUGCAUGGGCCAGAGAGGAAUGCACACAUGUGCCUCAAGGCAGCUUUGCCUGCACUCAGGGUGUGGGACCCAACUCAUUUCCAAACCCCCCACACUGGGUUAGGGUGAGCAAGGAGGCAGUCCUGGGAUGAAUUUCUACUGUCCUCAUAUUCCCCUACCCUAGAAGCCGUUGGAGACCAACUCUGCCAAAGUCAAAGUUAAGUCCACCAUGAUUCCUGACACGCAGAAGCUCCUGAGAUGCGAACUGGAGGCACUCAAGAACCAGCUACAGGCCCAGACCAAGGCUUUCGAGUUCCUAAAUCACUCAGUGACCAUGUUGGAGAAGGAGAGCUGCCUGCAGCAAAUCAAGAUCCAACAGCUUGAAGAAGUCCUGUGCCCCACGAGUCGGCAGAAAGAGAAGGAUGGAAACAAGUGGAACACGGAGCAGGGACAGCAAGAGCUGUAUGGGGCCCUGGCAGAAGGCCUGGAGGGGCUGCAGAAGACCCUGCGGGACAGUGAGGAGGUGCAGCAGGCCCGUACUACCCGCUGCCUGCAGCUGCUGGCCCAGGAGAUCCGAGACAGCAAGAAAUUCCUGUGGGAGGAGCUGGAGCUGGUUCGGGAGGAGGUGACCUUCAUCUAUCAGAAGCUCCAGGCACAGGAGGAGGAGAUCACUGAGAACUUGGUGAACAUCCAGAAGAUGCAGAAGACCCAGGUGAAGUGCCGUAAGGUCUUGACCAAGAUGAAACAGCAGGGGUAUGAGACAUCCAACUGGCUGGAGACAGAGGAGAUGCCAUCAGGAGGCAAUGGUUCUUGGAGGGGUGACCUCCAGAAGGAGCUGAGUGACAUAUGGCUACAAGGAACACCGAUGCCUGAGCCCUCCACACCCCUCCUGGGACUCGGACUCAGACUCAGACCAGGACCCUUCCCAGCCCCCGUUCAGCAAAAGCCACUCCUUCCCACCAGCCUGAGCAGCAGGGGCUGCUCUCCCCGGAGACCCCACCAGAGAGAAAAUAAACUAGCAGAGACCCUCCUCCACCUGUGGACUGUUGUACCUGCUGCUUCUUGUGCCUGAGAGUGACCCACCCCCAUUUACUCCCCAGUAUUGGGGAGAGACAGGAGACCCCAGCUUGUUUGGGAUGUGUGGGCCUAGGGUCAGGGGACUGUGUGAAGCCAGAUUAGUAUAGGACAGGUCAGAGGUUGGUCUGUCCAGAUAUGAGUGGCCAGACAGGCUGUUUCACACUGCUGCCCCUACUGCCUAAAUGGGAAAACUGAGGCCCAAAGAGAGAGCUUGGUGACCCAGGGUCACACUCUGAUACUCCGCCCUCUUCACCCUCAGCACCUCCCCUCACCCGGAGUCCACCCUCUCAACCUCCAGCCUUCAUUUUCCCCAUCUGUUCUUACAUGCCCCGCCCCAAAGAACAUCCGAGGCCCCUCCUCGUAUCAUGAUAAUAACCAUUGCGAGGCCCCGCCCACAUCAUCAUUCAAAUAAGACUUCCCAAAGGCCCCGCCCCUCGUUCCUCCACGGAGUCUGCGCGGCGAGGAGUCGGAUCAGA